GGUGCGAAGAGAGAGCGCGACGCGAUUCCGCAGCCUCGUUCUGCUAAAAGCAUCUCUUCGUUGUGCUGUGGAGCGGACAGUUCACUGUUUACUGCCACCCACUAAAACAUGAGAAUUGCAAUGCUAGUGUCUCUGAUUAGGCCGACCGGACCGAUUAUUGUGGGCAUCUCUCUGGGAUUCACUCUGAGUCUCCUGAGCGUCACUUGGGUGGAUGAGUCCUGCGACUCUGACUGGAUAGGAGCAGCCGAUGAGAUGCUCAUAGGGCAUCCCGGGAGCUCGACAGGGGCCCGUAAACCUAGCUCGAUAUCCAGUGGCACAACUGACAACGGAAAUAUCCAGGAGGAUUUUGAGCCCAGAAUAUUGCCUUAUAACAAGCCUGCCCAGGAAGGUCCUCCAAAGAAAGUUUUCAGAGCCAAGUAUGCCAGCACAGAGCUUGGAAUUCGUGAACGUCUCUUUGUCUCAGUAUUUACCUCCAAAACCACCAUGAACACUUUAGCUGUGGCCAUCAACCGGACCCUCAACCACCACCUGGAUGGCCAUCUCAUCUUCUUUACAGACACUCGCAAUCACAAACUCCCUAAUGGAAUGUUUGUGGUAGCCCACGGUGACGAGCGUCCAGUUCCAAACAUGUUCCAGUCUGUCCGACAUCUUCUGGAACAUCACAUUGCCGAUUAUGAUUGGUUCUACUUUGUUCAGGAUGAUACCUACACCCAGCCCGAAAGGCUGAAGACCUUAGUAAGCCACCUGAGCAUGGACCUUCAGCUUUACAUGGGCCAGCCCGGAGAGUUCAUUGGAGGUGAAACCAAGGGGAGGUACUGUCACAGUGGACCAGGAUUUCUACUAUCCCGUGCACUACUUCUGAAGCUCCAGCCUUUCUUGGAGCAAUGCAGGACUGACAUCAUAAGCAUCAGACCUGAUGAGUGGCUCGGUCGCUGUAUCAUUGAUUAUGCUGGCAUGAGCUGUGUGGAGAAAUAUGAGGGCCUGAAUUAUAAUUAUCUUACAAUGGAAAACAAUAUGGACCUUCCCAGAAUGGAAAAUGAUGGAUUCCAGAAUGCUCUCACUGUUCAUCCUGUGACCAGUGCAGAAUUUCUUAACGCCACAAGCUCGCUCUCUGUCCAGGACCAUGCAGUGGGUUGUGGCCAGAUUAUUGUGCAAAGCAAGAGUGAUCAAUAG